UCGUACUGAGCUCAAAUACCGUUGUUUUAUAGACACGAGCGGCCUUCAGCAUUGACAUGGCCAGUCACGCUGUACUUGCCGCGCUGCUUAUUGCCAGUGGGACCACGUUCGGCGGGGGAAGUCCUGAAUCAUAUGAGCACUCGGGGUCGGCUACGCGCACCUCUGAGCCCCACAUCACCGGAGCGAGAGUAAAGGAACAUCUGCCGAACAGAGAGAGAAGGGCCGCCCAUGAUGUGGAUCCAUCAGGAAAUAUUGGAGACCGAAACAAACCAUUAAAUUGCGAGACAGAGGGCUACUCAUGUCUUCCGAGGCAUGUGUGCAAGAAUUACAUGUUCAUACCCUUUUUAUUCGGCUGCACCAACGGAAAGGUGUGCUGCGAGAAGACUGAAAGAGAACAGCCUAUGUAUAUCUAUACAUUGAAACUGACUGUGGUCUGCUGCGGACCACCAUCAGUGGCACUUCGCUCCUCGAAGAGACAGGACGAGUCGACCAGAGGCACCAGCUGCCUCACAGAAGCCGCUUACCAAGGAGUAUGCGUGCCCAAAAAAAGCUGGGAUAACUGUGUCUCAAGAGAGCCCACCAGCGACUGCCCGCUUAGCCAAGUAUGCUGCCGAAAUUAAAGCAAGCGGAGCGCCGCGAAUCGGCCGUCAUUCACCGACGAGAUUAAAGGAAGGUUGCACGGCACACGCCAAGCUACACAGAUCUAAUUGUUUUUCAUUAGUGCAAGAGCAGCGGGUGCAUCGACGAACAGAAAGAAAACGCUUAGUGCGCUCAUCCUUCAAGCCGUAGUACUUGCAGGCUUCAAAGCAUUAUUGUAACUUAGCACAUAGGUAAUUAUUUAAACAUUCUUCCAUACCAUGGGCGGUAUUCUGACCAACUUUUCGUUUUUCUCUAUGCAGACUCUUGCACAAACGUACUGACGCCAGUGUUACAUACAUUAAGCAAUGAAGGAUAAAAUGAACACUUUAAAGACGGCACCAGAAAAGCUCCUCAUUUUCGCAUUUGGUGGAACUAGUCAGAAAUGAAAGAAAUAUUAAUAAGAAGCGAUAUUAAUUUUUUGUUCAGAAAUAAUUGUUACGGCGAUCACGGAAUUUAGAAGCUUUAUGAUCACACAGAUGUAAUCUGGAAGGUCAUUCUAUAAUCGGAUAGCUCGCAACAGGGCCGAUGAGUUAGAAGCAUCUGUAUUUCUGUAAAUGCGCGCGACGCUGAUGUCACUGUGUAAACUGCAUGAUGACCGAUUUGAAGGUUUAAAAUGAACAGAUACUACUACUGUAAACAAGUUUGUGAUAUAAGGAUAAUAAGACAGUGUCACAUCAGACGGUUAAUGGCGGAAGUGAAAGAUGCAGUUUAGAUUGUGUUACACGUGAUUGAAGGCUGUAAUUACUUGAAAUAAAUCUACUGGCCCUGC